AUGGAUGACAUUCUUCAGACAGCAUUCAAAGUACUACAUGAAGAAACAUCAGAAUUAUAUUUAAGUGGUAAUGUAGCUGAAGUAGUCAAUAUUGAUUCCCUGGAGUUCCACAGAGAAUAUGUUUCUAAAAAUUUACCAGUUAUUAUAAGAGGUGGAUGUUCGAAGUGGCCUGCAACAAGGAAAUGGAAUGCCCAAUAUUUUCGGCAAGCAAUACCAAACAAAACAGUGACUGUAGCAGUCACACCAAAUGGUUACGCUGAUGGUAUAACCAAGGAUAAACAUGGAAUUGACUACUUUGUAAUGCCCUCAGAGGUGCAAACUACCAUGGAUAAAUUUCUUGAUAUGCUUGAAGACAAAAGAGAUAAUUAUAUACCAUAUAUACAGCGUCAGAACUCAAACCUAACAGAAGAUUUUAAAGAGCUCCUACAAGAUAUUGAUUUUGAUGUAGAAUUUGCGAGUCGAGCUUUCAAUAAGAAACCUGAUGCUAUAAAUUUUUGGAUGGGUGAUAAAAGAGCUGUCACUUCAAUGCACAAAGACCCCUAUGAAAAUAUAUACUGCGUGAUUGAUGGCUACAAGGAGUUUAUAUUAAUACCUCCCACUGAUUUGCCCUAUGUUCCAUAUAAGAAAUAUAAACAGGCUGUAUUCAAAUAUAAUAAUGGUUGGGCUGUUGAACCGCUUGGUUGUGGAAGUGGGCUGCCAUGGAUUUGCAUAGAUCCUCUCAGUCCGGACACCUUAAACUACCCUCAAUUCUUGAAAGCUCACAGGUACAAAAUCCGUUUAAACAAAGGCGAUUGUCUUUACCUGCCUAGUCUGUGGUUUCAUCACGUCACCCAGAGUCACGGUUGUAUCGCGGUCAACUACUGGUAUGACAUGGAAUUUGAUAUAAAAUAUUGCUAUUUUAGAAUGCUCGAAAAAUUAUGCGGUCAGUACUAG